CGCUUGACACGGCGUUUCUUUGCAACAUACGACUUGCCGUAAUUUUCGUCUAUAGGCAAAGUCUCACCGUCUGCUGGCAACUUCUGUCCUUCGAUGCAACAUUUACAAUAGUCGCCAGUGUUCCAGUAUGCCGUCCAUCUCCAUUCCCCCGCCCCGCAUGAGCAUCCGUCUUGGCGACCGCGCGCGUCCUUCGAAUGGCCUCCCAAUAUACUCCAACUCAGCCGUAGAGGAGAAACGGCGACGGCACGGUACUGCGCCUCUGUUCAUCAUUAGAUCUGUCCCUAUACCUGGCGUUUCGACGCGUAGACUCAGGAUACCCGUCCUAAAUCCCCUUCGACUGCAGCAGUGCAACUUACCCCGACCGCUACAUAGACCCUGGCUGGUCCUGUCUUGCUUAGCCCUAUUCCUAAUUAUAUUGACUAUAUUCCCGACAUCGCGGCGCCGGUGGGAUCUCGAAGAGAAGCAGAGACAGUGGAAAGAUGCUUCCCCGUUCGCGUCCACAACCCUAGUGUUCAAGCGGGAGGACUUGAAGCGCAUAUGGGGGUGGGAGAUACAGAGCGGUCAUUAUCCGAGCGGCCACAAACUUCCAAAGGAACUUGACUUCCUCACCACGCCCGUCAACCCGGCGUACCCUCCAAACUUCAAAAAGGCGGACUGGGCCAAGCCCGACCGAUUCCGCUCACCCGUCAUCGUCAACACAAAAGGUAUCGGUCCCAACCGCAAUUAUGUGGACGUGCAGGCUCGAUUCCCCGACGUCGGAUACCCACCGCGACCAAUACCGGGCAGUAUCGCCGACCUGGAUGUGAUCAUGGCGCACUGCGAUUUCUCAGAGAACAAGUACGUCCGCGACUGCCUGGAAGUGCUCCGCAUCGGCGCAGGACUGGACAACCAGGCUAGAUUACGAAGGGGAAACAUCGACGAAUGGAAAUAUAUUUAUGUAGAAGAAGGCAACGUGCAUUGGGAUCUGAACAUAACCGAGCCACCGCACAUGGGCAAGGACGCCGUCAUCUCCUCGGAGCGGAACCCUUCCGCAGAACUGAGUAAAAAGCGGGGCGUCGACUGGGAACCCCGUCCGAACCUGCGCCCCGCACCGAAAUACGAGCCCUACCAUACCCUCUCCUCCCCCUGCGACCCCGAGAACCCGCGCGUCUUCCACAUGUUCUGGGCCGGCGACUUCACCGACAAGCCCUACAUGUCCCUCCUCUCCUUCCUCUUCACGCAGAACCUCGGGCUGCACCUCCCAGAAACGCACACGGAGACGCACGUCUGCCGCCCCCAGUUGUGGAUGUGGAUCAACCCCGGGCCCGCGGCGUCCGUGCCCAACGAGCACGCGCGGCGCGACAUGUUCGACAAGCUGCGCGCGAACCCGUGGUCCGCGCCGUUCCUGCACCCGCGCUUCCGCGACGCGAUCCAGUUCAAGAUGUGGAAUACGACGGAGCAGCUCGACGCGGUGCCCGAGCUCAGGGAUGACUGGCGCGCGCGGCGCGACUCGCUGUUCAACUCGGGCGGGCAUGUGUACAACGUGCCCAUCGAGGAGCAGCAGCAACCGUUCAGCCAUGAGGACGGCGCAGAGGGGGAGGAAAGCGAAGGGGACGCGGCUGGGAAAGAAAAAGAGAAGGAGAAGCAGCGUAAGAAGGACAUGAAGGACCGCGUGGGGUCCCAGUCCCCCGAGGAAAAGGAUGGGCUGUCAACCAUCCUCUCGGAUAUGGCGCGCUUCGUGCUCUGCCAUCGGUUCGGGGGCAUAUACCUUGACGCAGACACUAUCCUGCUCCGAGACUGGGAGGAGCUCUGGGGAUGGCACGGUGCCUUUGCGUACCGCUGGUCGCGAUUGAAAAAGUACAAUACGGCCGUGCUCAAGAUGGGAAAGGGCUCGGCGCUGGGCACCUUCCUCCUGAGGACGGCGGUGAAGAACGGCUUUGAUUUCCACCCGAUGACGAUAUCGGAUUAUACCAAGGACGCUUAUCUAGAGGAGCUGCUGUUGCGUCUGCCUGAUGCAUUAUUCGACUCCGCGUGGCUGAACACUGAGAACUAUCAAAAUGAGCGACCGCCACAGCCAUAUUUCGAGAGCUUCCGAGAUUUCUUCUCUACACCACAACAGCAGAAUGCUCAACCGGGUGCUGUCGGCUUUCACGGUUUCUUCAAGGGUGCCUAUUCAUACCACUACCAUGGAAGUGACUUCUGGUCCUGGCCUUUCGACCCUGCUCGAAACUGGCCAGACCUCGGCCCUCGCUUUGAUUCAUCAGAGAGGGCCGCACGGUCGUCUGCCGCAGUAGCUAAACAUUUCGAAGAGGACAGGGAGGAUAUGGUGUCCGAUGACAAGCGGGACUUGGACUGGAGCACAGUCAUCCUGAGGACGUUCGAGGCCUACAUUCGCGGCGAGCGGCCGAAUAUGUACGGAGAGUGGUUGACGUGGUAG